CUCGGAUUCCGAUUCUCUCUGUGACUCACAUCGACAUCGUACUGGUUUGUUGAUUUUGAUUGGUAAUCGGAAGUAAAUUACGACGUUGAAGCUCCCUCAGUCUAAAGGAUUCGGAGGUUGACGCUGAACUAAAUAAUGGGAGAAGAGCUGCAAUAUCAGCAGAAUGGUUCAUCUGUGACAUCUAAUUAUGGUUAUGGAAGUUCGCUUGCUUACGAUCAAUCUCAAGACAUUGAAUCUGCCGCAAACACUGCUCUUCUCCGAGAACAAGAAAUAGAAACGCAGAAGAUUAUACAAGGUCAAAGAGAAGCUGGGACUUCAGUAGCCGGAGACUCUAAGCAUAACACUGAUAUUCUUCGAGAUCGUGCUGACCCCAAUGCUCUAAAGGAACAUUUGCUAAAGUUCACUGCAAAUCAUAGAGCAGAAGCAGCGGCAAAGCGUGGUGGGAGUGUGAGUACAUGCGGAGAAGGUAAUGUGGAUGUUGGAAACGGUUAUGGUAUACCGGGUGGAGUUGCAUACGCGGGUCACUCCGAGCUCAGUGGGAAGCCUGAACCUACCAAUGCUUCAAACAAUUUGCCUGAAUAUCUCAAACAAAAAUUAAAGGCCAGGGGAAUUCUCAGAGAUGGUGCAGGGGCUGUUACAUCCAACCCAGAAGAUACAUCAGCGGUUAGUUGGAAUAGACAGGCAACUUUACCUUUUCAGGCUAAUGCAAGCACCUUACCAUUAGGAUGGGUAGAUGCAAAAGAUCCUGCCAGUGGUGCUACCUAUUACUAUAACCAGCACACUGGAACAUGCCAGUGGGAAAGGCCUGUUGAGCUUUCUUAUGCCACUUCAAGUGCACCACCUGUACUUUCUAAAGAAGAGUGGAUUGAAACAUUUGAUGAAGCAUCUGGCCAUAAGUAUUUCUACAAUACAAGGACACAUGUGUCUCAGUGGGAACCUCCAGCUUCUUUACAGAAGCCCGCUGCCACAAACUCUAACAACGCUGUUACCCAAAGUACGGCUAAUGGGAAGGGGGAGCAUCCUCCAUCUCAGCUGCCAAGAUGCAGCGGAUGUGGGGGCUGGGGAGUGGGCCUUGUCCAGAGAUGGGGUUAUUGUGUUCAUUGUACCAGGGUUUUCAAUCUCCCAGAAAAGCAAUUCUUGCCAGCACAUUUAAACCAUUUCACAAAUGCAGGCGAUUCUGGCCAAAAGGAUCCGAAUCAGAGGUACGCAUCUCUCAAAAUCUUAGAUUUAGAAAAAAUAUUCUUCUAUGCCCGUCAUCUUUCUAAAAUACAUAGUGUUCCAUAAGAGAGCUAUUGGUGGACUCUGGUCAUCUUCUUAACAUCUGUUACCAGAUAUUUAGACAACCCAUUUGGAUACAAAUGUUGCCCCUCUUUUCGGAGGGACAUAAUUUCUGUUAAAAAGCAUUCCAUUUAUCAGCAGUAAAAUGAAGAUGGAACACAUUACAUGUAGUAGUGAACCAGGAGGUUCCCAUUGACUAUGUUUACAUUGUACUUACUCUUGUGGUAUAUUCUUUACACAUGAUGGAAAAAUGAAAAUGGUUGAAACAGGUCCAGUUCAAAACCUCCCAUGAAAAAAGUAAUAGGCAAAAAGCGUGCUCAUGCCGAAGAUGAUGAGUUGGAUCCAAUGGACCCGAGCUCUUACUCAGAUGCUCCACGGGGAGGCUGGGUUGUUGGACUGAAAGGAGUACAACCGCGAGCCGCUGAUACAACUGCUUCGGGUCCUCUGUUUCAACAACGACCAUAUCCAUCACCUGGAGCUGUUCUGAGGAGAAACGCAGAGGUGGCAUCAUCACAGAAGAAGAAACCAAACUCUCAGUUCACAGAAAUUACAAAGAGAGGCGAUGGAAGUGAUGGUCUUGGAGACGCAGAUUGAGUGAGAGCUUCCCUCAUCUUAUAAGUUGGUUACCGUGUCUUCUUGUGCUUUGUCUGUUGCUUUCUCCAUAUAUGAGAUCAAGGAGAGUAGUUUGUUUACUUUUUAGUGAAUACAAACAAACCAUACUUCUUCAUGUGAAUUUUUUUUAACACCAGAUUCAAAGUAUGUAUACAUAUAAUUACUCAGUAGCAAGCAACGGUCUUCAACAAUCUCCAAAACCAGG